ACACAAAACAAAACUUUGCGCUUUUCUGAGCGUGAAAAAUGGAUAACUAUAUUGUAUGGCGGAAUACCAUAGCAAGUGCUCGGGAGCACUUUGACUUGGCGCAGUAAUAUCUUCACUCGUGAAAAGUCCUCUCACCGGCCCCCACUCCCUCUCCUCCUCCCUCUCAUUUCUUUCAAUAGAACCAACGUGACUUUUACCACCUGUGCUAUUAGCAAGAGAUCAUUUGCAAUGGCGGACUUUGUAGAUGAUUAUGACUUGUUUAUAGCAGAGCCAGAGCCAUAUCUGUUUGAACCCGAGUACACGGAGGAGGAAUUAGCUCUUAUGGACCGUGAGAGGGAAAAAAGAUACGAACCAGAACAAACCGGAGCCGGCGAAAAAACACGGGCAAACAGCAAUUGGUGGUGCAAGUGUGACUGUUGCGAACAGAUGCUGACCGAAAUUGAGAGCCUGUGCUGUUCAGAAUGGGACCAGGUGUUGCCAUCGAUGGUGGGGGUCAAUGUAGAUCCAGAAGACCCUGGACAAAUCGCCUGUGUCACGGCAAGCGACGCGUUUGCAGCGAUGAUUCACCCGGCAGUCGUCAAAUUUUUCUUUCAUCAUGACAAAGUCAAUUGGAGGAAACGACCCACCCCGAGUGGACCAGAUGGCCAGCUAUCCUCAGAUCAAAAUAGGUUGGUUUCCUACCGGAUAGUGCUGGAAUGGGCCCUCCAGGGCGAAACUUUGGGCAGAGGCAAUUGGAAACCACUGCCAUCAUGUGUGGUCGGGACUAUACGACAAAGAUAUCCUUCUGAGUCCGGUGUCUAUGUUGGAUUUCAAGAACUACAUGAGGCAAUGGAUAUGUAGGCAUAUGACUGUUACUGGACAAUAUGUGCUGGGCCCUGAGUUCAGACCUAAAUUAUGUUUACAUGUUUCACAGACAUCUGUGGGACAAUGGCACUGCAGCUUGCAUCAGAAUAGUUGACUAUCUGUUUGUAUAAUUGUCUGUAUUACAACCAUUAUGUAGAUG